GUCAGCUCCCGACACCGGCCUCCUGCUUCUGACUGCUCGUCCGUCUCAGCCGCUGCCAUGACCUUCGUUGCUCCUCCUGGUUAUCAGCCCGUCUACGGACCUAGGAUUCCUUACCUGGGGCCCAUCUAUGGAGGCCUGAGGGAGGGGACGUCCAUCUACCUGCAGGGCUCCAUCCCCGAGGACAUAACCAGAUUCUUUAUCAACCUGCUCUGCGGAGAGUCCGAGUCCAGCGACGUCGCCCUGCACUUCAACCCCCGCUUCGAUGGCUGGGACAAGGUGGUGUUCAACACCUGUCAGAAUGGAGGCUGGGAGUCGGAGGACAAGGUCCGCGACAUGCCCUUCAGCAAGGGAGAGAACUUUGAGAUGGUCAUCAUGAUCACGUCACAGGGCUACCAGUUCAAAAUCAACGGAAGAGACUUCCACAUGUUCGAGCACCGGAUUCCUCUGCAGAGAGUUCGCGCGAUGCAGAUCGGCGGAGACGUUUCCAUCCAGACCAUCAACGUCAUCGGGGGUGGAAAUGGAGGAGGAAUGGGAGGAGGCAUGGGAGGAGGAAUGGGAGGAGGAAUGGGAGGAGGCAUGGGAGGAGGCAUGGGAGGAGGAUAUCCAGGACCAGGCAUGGGGGUAAGUAUGUUUACCGCUCCACAGGGAGGAUAUCCAGGACCAGGCAUGGGGGGAGGAUACCCAGGAGACAUGGGUGGAGGCAUGGGAGGAGGCAUGGGUGGAGGCAUGGGAGGAGGAUAUCCAGGAGGCGACAUGGGGGGUGGCUAUCCAGGAGGCAUGGGAGGUGGAAUGGGGGGAGGAUACCCAGGAUCCAACCUGCCGAGUAUGGGGGGGCAGCCGGUCUACAACCCUCCUGUUCCCUACUCCAGCAUGAUCCAAGGAGGGAUGUUCCCUAAGAGGACCGUCAUCGUCAGAGGCAUGGUGCCCUAUGGGGGAGACAGAAUCUCCAUCAACUUUGUGGUGAGCAGAUCGCGGGACAUCGUUUUCCACAUGAACCCCAGAGUGAGGGAGGGGGUUGUGGUGAGGAACAGCAUGAUCGGAGGAAGCUGGGGUCAGGAGGACCGGGAGCUCUCCAUGAACCCCUUCCUGGAGGGGCAGUACUUCGAUAUGUCGAUUCGCUGUGGGAACCAGAGGUUCAAGGUGUUUGUGAACGGGCAGCACCUGUUUGACUUCUUCCACCGCUUCCAGUCCUUCAACGAGAUCGACAUGCUGGAGAUCGAGGGCGACGUGCAGAUCUCCUACAUCCACUUCUGAGACUCUCUAAAGUCUGACCCUUGUGUGUCUCAUGUUGUUCAAUAAUCCUGUUGUAUGAACACAAGUCUACACAAGACAA